GUCAGCAACUCUCCUGCACCUCCUCAAGGGAUCGGCCUGGUCAGCUGUGGUGGGCCGUGCCCGAUGGCUCAAACAGCGGAGCCUUCAUGUUGCAGAACGCCGACCACUUGUCGAACCUGCGUGUGGUUGAGCCACAGUGGUUCUCCAUCGACCGGCGUCCCGCCGUCAGGUGUACGCCCGAAGUGCCUGGGGAGCUUUGGACGACUGCUCCCGGAACGCAGGAAGGAGCCAUCCGGCUGCGAAACGUGGCGCAUGACCAGUGCCUCUUUUUCGACGGCAUGUUCACGGGUGCCUUCAACGAGGUUUUCCCAGAUCAGGACUGGCAGGUGCUUCCGCAAGCGCCUUUUUACAUCGGUGGCUUCAAGGAAACAACGAUGACAGGAAAGGGCCAAUUCUUUUGGCCAAAUGGUGCGCCCUUGUUCAAGGGAAGCCUGAAGUCCGGCAAGCUGUUGGAGGGCUUCAUGUUCGAUGAGCGCUGCAUUUGCCACGGACACUUUCGCUUUCACGAGGAUGGGCCGGUGCUCGCCGGGGCGCAGCCGGACGAAGAUCUCGAAGGAGAAGCUCAGGAGGGCCAAGCAGAAACUCGAGAAGAUGCAGGUUCUCGGGAUGACUCCAUCGACCAUGGCUCUCCUCCAAGGGGCGCAGAGGUCUCUGAGCCUCGAAUUCCCUGCGCUGCUCCGGAAGUUCCGCGUCCUUCCGCCAGCGCCCUGGCGAACGCCGAGGAGGAGGCUUUGGGUUUGGCGGCUGCCGCCUGGUGA